UGCUUGUAAACACAGUCACACGUGACGGAUCGCGGUCGCAUUGUGAGCGAGCGGACAAAGGAACGAUCCCGGUCCGCGACGUUGUUGUGACCGAGCCCCGGCGGCAGCGGCCAGGUGAGCGGACAAGCGUCAUGACAACCGACCUCCUCUCAAGCGUCUGCCCCGAAAUGAAGCCGAGUCGCCCGCUGCGUUCGCACCGCGGUGUCCGGUGAACUUCUCCCUCACGUCCGGACCCCGGAGCCUCCGGAGCGGACGGCGACGUCAGCUGCGCUCUCGGCCGCGCACACGCAGCUGGCAGCGGGUAAACAAAGCCCGAAUCCCUUUGUGUGUCACCGCUUCAUUUCAGCGGGUCUACUCGCCUACGCUCCGGUGCUGCUCUCCGGGCUGGCGCCUGUCGUUAGCUCGCUAGCCGAAGCCCUUUAGCCUCGACAUUUUGUUCUGCCUGGAUAACGUUUUAAUCUGCUCGUCUCCUCUCCACUGGCUGGAUGAGAUGUCAUUCACCAUGGAGGACAACUUGGAGUCCGGGUGGGUGUCCGUCCGACCCCGGCUCUUCGACGAAAGAGAGAGGCACAAAUUCGCUUUCAUCGUGGCCUGGAACGACGUCGAAGGGAAGUUCGCCAUAACCUGCCACAACAGAACCGUGCAGAGACGGGCCACUUUCCUGGACCCGCUCCUCGACUGCAGCCCCGGCGCCACUGUGCCUCCUGCCUCCGGCGCAGAACGACACGCUAAAAGUCCAGGCACCAAGAGGAGAGACGAGGCUAAAGUUAGACCCCACUCCGUCCCCAAAGGGAAGCCCACAACAAAGCCUGGUGCCGGGGACAAGAAGGCUUUAAAAGCCGGUGGCUCACAGACAUUAGAGUGUAUCAGCCACACGUUAGGGUCCUGGGACAUCGUAACCCCCAAGGUGAUAGACAUCGAGAUCCUGGAGCCCGUGGACGUCCUGCUGUCUCCGGAUGACUCCGACCCGGGGGACCGUGACGCCAGCGGCCGCGAGGACUUCAGCUGGGCCGGGCUGUUCUCCUUCCAGGACCUGAAGGCAGCCCACCUCCUGCUGUGCUCCGUCAACUCCGACCUGGAGCCGUGUCUGCCGUGUUUCCCGGAGGAGCCGACCGGGGUUUGGACGGUGCUCUUCGGUUCCACCGGGGUGUCGCAGCGGGAGACGGAGGCCCUGUGCUACCAGCUGCAGGUGUACCUGGGCCAUGCCCUGGACACCUGCGGCUGGAAGAUCCUGUCGCAGGUGCUGUUCUCCGGGGGCGACGACACGGAGGAGUACUACGAGAGCCUGAGCGAGCUGAGGCAGAAGGGCUUCGAGGAUGCGCAGGACCGGGCCAAAAGACGCAUGCAAGAGGUGUUAGACAAGCACAAAGCCAUCGACAGCAUGGUGGAGCUGCUGCAGGUGUACCCCGAGGAGGACGAGGCGUAUGCAGAGCUGCUGGAGGCAACGACUCAGCUAUACCACUACCUGCUUCAGCCUUUCAGGGACAUGAGGGAGCUGGCAAUGCUGCGCAGACAGCAGAUAAAGAUCUCUCUGGAGACGGAGCGGCUGGGUCCUCGUCGGGUGGAAGGCCUGAGGAGGGAGGAUGAGGAGUGGCAAAGGAAGGCCCAAGCUGCCGUGCUCUCCAUACAGGACCUGACUGUCAAGUUCUUCGAAACCACGUCUCGAUCCCAGAAAGCUCUGUUUGAGCGGAUGCGUGCUGACCAGAAGAAGUUUGGCAAGUCGGCGUGGGCAGCAGCAGUUGAACGCAUGGAGCGUCUGCAGUACAAUUUCUCUGGAGAAACUCUGCAGCUCAUGAGGGCCAAAGAAAUCUGCCUGGAGCAGAGGAAACACGGCCUGAAGGAGGAGAUGCAGGGUCUGCAAGGUGGGGAGGACGCCAUGCUGCGUCUGGACCAGCUGGAGGCGCUGUACUACGAGUUGCAGAUGCAGCUGUAUGACAUCCAGGCGGAGGUGCUGCGCUGUGAAGAGCUGCUGCUCACCUCUCAGCUGCAGAGUCUGCGCAGGCAGAUGACAGAGCGUCAGGAUGAGGUCGUGUACUACGAUGCCUUUGAGAGCGCCGACGCCAUGAAGGGAGUGGAAGACCCCGCAUCGCCGCCCUCUCCCGUCAGGGACGAAGACCUGAGCGUCCUGCAGCAGAGGACGCGGCAGCUCGAGGCUCGCCGGGGUCGCAUCACCACCAAGAAACUCUACCUCAAAAACAAGAAGGAAAUCUGUAUAGUCAAUCACAAGCAGAAGAUACAGCAGCGAGGCCAAGGUGACCCGGCUGACAGCAGUUCCCCUCAGCCACUGAAGCAGGGAGGCGAAUAUGAAGCGGACGAUGAGGCCAAACAGAAUGCCCGGGUGAGUCAGGAUCGGCAGAGGACACUGGACAGACUGCGAAGCCUCAAUCAGCGUUACCCGGGCCAGGUGACUCUGAAGUCCAGCCGGCUGCGUCUGGGUCACAGUCGGAGGAGGGCGGGCCAGCAGCCGGACACGCAGGCAGCCGGCGUUCAGACCUACUGCACCUCCGACCUCCCCCGGCUCUCCGCUCCCCCGACGCCCGACGCCUGCGCCUGCGACGCCGUGUCACUGCCGACGGUUGACCUCAGAAGCCUGGCCUCUUCGCCUCCCUUCCUCUCGCUGCCUCCCCAGUCAGCGGGUCCUCCUCCACCUCCUCCUCCUCCCCCCCCUCCGCCUCCCCCUCCACCGCCUCCUCCCUCGGAUCAGCAGCAGGGCGAGGACGGGCACAGGAGCCCUGCAGCAGGCAGUCCGGUGCCGCGACACGAAUCCGAACCCUCCUCGCUGCCCCUGGCUCCGUUUUCCCCUCGAUUCUUUGACAGCAGCCAGCUGCUGAACGCGAGGACCAAGCUGAAGAAGACGGCCUCGCUCGACUCCUCACAGUGGAGGAGAGCGAGCUCCCCCAUGGACGAGGUGCUGGCUUCUCUCAAACGCGGCAGCUUCCACCUGAGGAAGGCCGAGCUGCGCGUCCUGGCACCGGACCCGGACGACGACAGCGAGAACAUCCUGGCCCAGAUCCGGCAGGGCGUCCGGCUGAAGAAGGUCCGCACCCGGCCGGAGCAGCAGCAGCGUCAGGCCAGGAGCUUCCUCCACUCGGCCGACGCUCUGACCCGCAGCAUCCACGAGGCUCUGAGGAGAAUCAAGGAGGCCUCGCCCGAGUCAGAGUCCGAGGACGAAGGCCUCCCGUGCACUGACUGGGAAAACUAGUUCCUCAGAAGGAUCUUUUUCCUCUUUUUUUUUAUUUUGUACUUCUCUCUGUCAUGGAUGUGUGGAGCCAAAAUGAAGAGUUACUGUACAAUGGCUGAAGUUAAGCGGACACCUCAGAGUUUCAGCACCCGAUGAUACCUCGGUGCAAUUUGAACAAGAAAACCCUUGAUUCACUUUUUUUAAAUAUCAGACAAGCGGCUCAAUUAGUUUCAUACUUGUGCGUGUGGUUUGUAGAAGAAGGACCACUAAGGUUGUUGUUGUUUUUUUAUGUCGCUGCUGUGGCGUUCUCGGCGAGGACACAACCUCUGACCUCCCGGGGAAUCCAUCCACAUGUCGUACUGUACUGUAGCUUGCUGUGAUGGGUUUGUUUGAAGAAGUGAGUAUUUUGUCUUUUCUCUUCACCUCUCUCUCUCUCUCACUGUCAAAGCACUCGGACUCACCACCGAUACCUUUUCUGUAUGAUUUUUUACAUUACAAACAUACAAUAGGAAAUGUCAGUGCAUAAGAAGGCCCAAACAUGUACAUGUAUGCGGGACAAGACCAGAAGUACUGCUGUUUCUCUUUCACACAUGAACGACACAGCAGGAGACUCAUUUCAUGUGUGAAAUCAACUUUUCACAACUGACACUUGUUCUAAUGGUCUCCGCUAGAGUAAGUGAGUUUCCCAAAAUGUUGACCUGUUCCGUUAAUUAGUCUGAUAUGAGAAGUGGAGCCGCACGACAGAAAGUUGCACAUUUUGGUUUGUGGGUCCUUUUCGUCACGCCAGAAGCAGCACUGCACUGGUGUAUUUGGAGAAUUAGCCAUAGUCCUUAAAGCAUUUUCACUUUUAAAAAAGUCAAAAUAUGAAACACCUGAGGAAGGUGGUUGUGACAAAGAUGCAGCUUAUGAGGAAAGUUACAUUUAGAGGAUCACAUUCUUUCUCUGGGUUAGAGCUCAGCAUAGGAUUGUAAGAUUCAGUGCGACCUUUAGUUUACAAAUAUAUAACUUUACUUCCGCAAAUAAUUAAAUGAUCCUGGAAAAAUACAGACACCAGCAGAACUUGAGCCUGAGAAUUGUCACAUUCUUAAGUUUUUUUCAGGAUGAGAAUAAUCCACUGAUAGUCCCAUGGCUACAUUGCACAGUGGAACUUCUAAUAGGUCAUUUAUUAUAUUUUAAAAGGAUUUUAAAUCUGACAAAAUCUCAACAAGCAUAGGCCAAAAAAACAACUUACAAACAACCUAGAGCUCAAGUUUACUGAAUCCAGGACAUUAUCUAGACUUUAUACUAUAGCAAAUACAUAAUGUAGCUGAUGGAACUGUAGUGUAAAGUGAGAUCCUUCAUAUGAGGUUAUGAUCCUAAUAACCAGCUUACCUCCCACACUGGAUCACACUGAAGCUCAGCACUAUAUAAAUAUAGACCACUUACAGCUCAUAAGAGUAUAUAUAUUAUCAGAGACAUUUAAAUUCAUCUUUUCUGAAGCAGCGUAGGAGACAUUAGCUCGUCAGCUCGUUUCACUGAUGGUUAUUCAUCCUAAACAACUUUUAAAGUUGCCCAAACACAGUUAUAAUUGUAUUCCCUCUGAUGACUAACAAGCUCCACAGUGGUCACCCUUAAGUUACUCUUCAACACAUGACCAAAAGGAAACCAUCCCAGUAAGCAGUCAUAGUAAACUGGUGGAAACUGAUAAUGAAAACGAGUUUUCUCAACGUUAAAUAAUUCUUAGAAUCGCUCGACAGAAGAGCAGCAGUUAUUUUCAUAAUCAAUAGUUUUUCCAUGCAAAGACUAUUCUCUGGUUUCAGCUUCUCAAACGUAACCAUUUCUGUCGAUUUGACUGUUUUAUACUGUAAAUUAAAUAUAUUUAAGCUUCUGACUAAUGGGCGGACACAAGGACAUUUAUAGAUGCCACCCGGGCUUUAGGCAUUUUUUUUACAAUUUUAUACAGAAAAUCAAUUAGUUGAAAAAGGCAUUUAUGAGGUCUUGAAAAGAUCUCCAGGAAGUGGGUAAGUGUUAAAAAGUUUUUUAAAAAGCAAUUUAAAAAAAUAAUUCUUAUCGCACAUGUACAUCACAGACUCCAGAUGUGGAGCAGCAUUACAAACAAACAUGAAACGCACUGGACUGAGUUCAUCACCCUCUGCUGGAGCAGCUUCCUGCUCGCCACACCCAACGCUAUCGGGAUCAUACGUGUUGUUUACCUUUUUAUUUUGUUUGUGGUUUUUACUCUAAUUUUUAUUUACCCGAGAGUCUCUCUCUCCAUCUCCACUGCCUUGUGUUUUUUUCCACGUUUGCUUUCUUCAUAGAGUUGUUUCAGUUUUGCGUGUGUGUGUGUGUGAUGUUUUUUUUUUUUUAUCAUGUAUGAUCUGUGUCAAACCUGUCUCCAGCUGAAAAACACAUGCUCCUGUAGUUAACACGUCAGUAGGCACUGAGCGGCAUGGCUUCAUUUAAAGAAACAGUUUGACAAUAAGGGAAAUAAAGGCUCAAGAGUUAAAUGAGAAGCAUAAACAAAUCCAAGGAUCCUCUGAACUCACAAAUCAACAUCCUGUGGUUGGACUAUGUCAAACCACAUUAAGGAGUUCACCUAAAGAAAUAAUAUUGUUUAGCUUUUAUUAAUUCUAAAAGGUGAUGCAAGUUGUGGCCCCUGUUGUGUAUUCACAUUUAGACACAAUUACAAGCUGCCACAGCCCAUCAGCAAAUAUUCACAAAGAAACAGGGACACAAUCUGAAGGGUGUGAUGAUGAAAGAUGUAUUUCUCCUCAUCUCGUGUUAUUUGCCAGGUCUUUUACACGUUGUUAUGGUAACCCAUUUCUACAACAGCGUGUUAGAGCUAUAAAAAACUUUAUUACUAAAUAUUACAGAGCUGAGGUAUGGGGUGUCAUAUUGUGAGGGGGGGAACAAAUCUUCUGGCCUCUUGUAAAUGAAUGACUUUAAUGUCGUCAUUCAGUUUUUGCUGCUUUAGAAUAGAGCCCGGCUAACAGUUUCUAUCUGUUGCCAGUCUUUAUGCUAAGCUAACUGCCUGCUGACUGAAGUGGUUCUCGAUCCUCUCAUCUAACUCGACAUCAAAGCAGAACGAGUGCGUUUCUCAUCCUGCUGAACUUUGUGAAACACACAAGAGUCACUGUUGCCAAGUGUAAAACAUCAUUCCUACUCAGAGUGUGAGUGUAGUUCCUCUUCUACACACACACACACACACCUUUACUGAUAUUAAACAGUAGAUUACCUGUUUGACCUUCACCUCCUCACACUGCUCUGCUUGCUUUUAAUUUUUCCCGCUUUUUGUAGAAUCCACGUUGUGACUGGUAGUUUUCCCUCCAUCUUUUAUUUGGACCUUUAUGACCUUAUGCAUGUGGCCGGUUCAUGGACGAAACCCAUCACAACAUAAGUGCAAUAAUGAAGAUAAAAGUCAUUCUAUGGAUUUUACUGUAACGAAAUGUAAAUCAUGUCAAAAAAAAACUAUAUCCGCAUGCCUAAAUGUAUUGAAGUAUUUAUUGAAGCUUCACAUUUUAAAGAAUUUUUAAAGCGUACAAAUGUAAAUGUACUUUAUAAGCUUUUCUUUUUGUCGCUUUUUUUGUUUCCUAUCAUGACAUUCCUCUCUGCUUUCUAUAUCCUAGUUAUUAUAUAUAUAUUUUUUGUCCUUUUGAAAAAUAAAAAUAAAAUAAA